AAACAAAACAGGAAGGGUCAGUGUCGUCAUGGGCAACCGACCCGUAAUGCGCCAGUAAACAGCCUUCAAACUAUACUUUUCUGUAAAUAUUCAGAUACGCAAGCGUUAGGAGGAUCACAGACAAACACAGCGAAGUGGUUAAAGGGAACAAAACGGUACAAAGUGCGCCAAGCGCGACAUUGUUCGUCGCUUGUUGAUGACGAUGUUGUCUUAUCCUGCGUGCGCCUUGUAGGUUCGUGCAGCCUGCAGCGCGGGAAACAGUCAGCAGUGUGAGAAACAGUCAGCAGUGUGGAUGUGAGGGGAAAGUUUCUGCCAAUACAAUAACGUAGCCAGACAGACAGCUAUGGAUCCGUCGGAGGUAGAGUUCCUCGCCGAGAAAGAGAUGGUGAAGAUUAUACCAAAUUUCAGUCUGGACAAGGUCUAUUUGAUCGGGGGAGACCUGGGCCCCUUCAACCCCGGACUGCCAGUCGAUGUUCCUGUGUGGCUGGCCCUCAAUCUGAAACAGAGACAGAAAUGCAGAAUUGUUCCUCCUGCGUGGAUGGAUGUUGAGAAACUGGAGGAGAUGCGAGACCUCGAGAGGAAAGAAGAUACGUUUACACCUGUUCCCAGUCCUUACUACAUGGAACUCACCAAACUGCUACUGAACUAUGCGUCAGACAACAUCCCCAAAGCAGAUGAGAUCCGCACGCUGGUCAAAGACAUCUGGGACACACGUGUUGCCAAACUCCGCCUCUCUGCAGACAGCUUCAUCAGUCAGAUGGAGGCUCACGCCAAGCUGGACAAUCUCACUCUGAUGGAGAUCAACACCAUACGAGCAUUCCUUCUUGACUCUCUCAACUGCAUGUACAAACUACGCUCCAAUCUGCAGCCCGGUUCAAGUAAGGGACAGCUCACAGACUACUGAUCCACAACAUCAAGGCCUGCUGAAAAGGUCUGGAUCUUGCCCCAAUAAUGUGGGAAGACUGGGGUUAAAGCCAUGGACUAAGGGAGUUACUCACUAGGUCCUUCAUUACUCAAAAGACUGUUUUCUCAGAAACUGAGAUUUAUGUUAAUGGCUGGUUGAAGCUAACUGAGUUUCGCUCACUCCUGAGGGACACAUGUAGGUUGUACAUGUAUCUGCCGUUUAAAAUAUGUCCAUAUUUAAUUUAAUUUGGGAUGCUCACUGUAGUUUUAAACCCUUCUUGUAUAUCUUAAGUGAAACAAUAAAUGUAUUUGUGUGUAUGGCUAGGUUA